CAAACAUAGCACGCUUAGCCAUAGUAGCGAGGAGCCUCCACACAACUCAGCUGAGGAACAGCUUGGGUGGUCUUCAACUCUUUAUCAUGGGGAAAAAGAGGAAACAUGAUCAGGGAAGGGACGACGAGUCGACCUCCUCCGAUGCCAAGCGGUAUAGGUCUUGCCACUGCCAGAACAGAAGGAUGUUAAGUGAUGGAAUGUCUCGGGAGGGGUUUUCAGAUACCUUCUGUGACGCAGUAAUCGAACUGAAAGACGCCAUACAGGUUAAACUGGCCACGGAGGAAAAGCUUGAUAGAAAAAUUAUAAGGCUUAAGCAAAAGAGGAAAAAAGAUAAGAACAAACAUAAGGAAGAUAUCAGAAUACUGAAGGAAGAUUUCACAAUACUCAAGAAAUAUUUCAGAAUACUGAAGGAAUCUCAUGAAGAGCUCAAUUCAAAAAUCCAAGAGAUGCGAAAAGAAGGGUGUGCUGAAGUAAAUCAUUACAAUAAAUCUGCAUCUCAGAGAUCGCAAGUAAGCCAAUCAACAAGGUUUCGACUAGUAAUUGAAAAUAAUGUGAGCAGAACAAUUUACAAAAAGGAAACUGUAGAGACCGAGGAUGGAGGAGGUCACAUAAAAGUUGCCAUGUAUGAUGGUGUCAAUCGAAUUGCACAUGACCACCUUCUUGCUUCAGCAAAAGUUGACCUAGUUGUCAUUGAAGGAUGUUUCAAUGAACCGAAGCGAGAUUCUUGGUCUAAAGAGGAGUUUGAGGAAAGCAUAAUAAAACCUCGAAAAGGAAUCACAAGGCUAGUGAAAAAUGGUACAUUUGAUCUGACUGAUGGGUGUUGUGAUCAUGAAGGUGCCAUUAUUAUGGAUAAUUCGCAACAAAGGGAAGUUAAGCUUGGAGUAAUGAUUGCAGUGCCUACAGGUGUAAGAGUUCUUGAAGGAGUAUCAAAUCCUUUCAAAGUGCAAGAAGGCAAGACAAAAAAGCCAGGAUCAAAUAAAAAGGGUAAAAAGCCUUCUCCAGUUCCAAUGCGAAACUUGGCACAGACAACCAGCACCCACACAACACAACAUGGCCAAAGUCCUGUUACUCCAGACGAGCAACAUAGUCAUCCACCACCUGCCAUUCAAGAUGUAUUGCAGAAAUCAGAACGUGGAAAGCAUACAGAAUUUCUGACUGAUGACACUGCAGUGGAUAAUCGAGUGAGUUAUCCACCAGCUAUUGUGCCACAGAUGGUUGAGGGAAAUGGGCAAGCCCUAAACUGCAACGGUCAACAGUUUUCUCAACAAAUCCCAGUGCAAAUCUUGUGGCAGCCAACCAAUGCACACUCAAUGCAAAAUGGUCAAGACUAUAGUCUGCCACAAACAAGCAUUCAGAAUCCAUCGCAGGCAACAGGAUAUUGUCCAGUCUAUCAACCCUUACUUGCUCGUGAACAAGAUCAGUAUACUAGUUUCUUUGAUGCAAGUUGUCAACUUGCAUUUCCCAACCUUUCAGCAUACACGACAUUGAAUGAUAUUCACCAGUGGACUUCCAUCCCUGAAGGGGAGAUAUCUGUGGGUGAUGUACAUAAUUUAAUUGUCCCGACACAAAUUCAAGAUACUUAUGGGUCAUUUAGAUGUGGUCAAGUAUUACUUCAAUGGGAUAAGCCUCAUGUGGAGCCCAAGGAACACUGGAACUUCCUUGACGAGCUCAUGCCGCUGCAUAGCACACAGUCAAGGUUUUAUGGAGAAAGUUUCCCCAGUACAAGCCUCAUGGAUAAAGUCCAUAAGUUACUUGCCAGCACUUCAUCAGGUGAUUCUGUUUUGAAGAUGAUUACCGGUGUUAUGAGUCGAGCCAUGCAGACUCCUCAGAGGAGAGGCGUUCUCAUUCGUGCAAUUGAGCCAUAUGAUUCAGAUGAUAAGCCCCCGGUUAAGAAGCAAAGGAACGCCAAAUAUCAACUGCGGUUUGUCAACAGGGUUCGCAAUGACUACUACACCCAGGAACAAAUCAAAUCAGAGGAUGGGAAUCUCUUAAAGGUAGCUUUGUAUGAUGAGAAUAAUCUGGUAGUCACAUCUGGUCCGCUGUCUUCAGCUUCUGUGGAGGUCGUAUUACUUCAUGGCGAUUUCAAUGCUGAAGGCCAAGAUUAUUGGACAUCACAGGAGUUCAGUGCCUGCCUAGUGCAUUCACAAUCUGUAGAAGAACCACCAGCCUUGGGAGGUGAUCGUGUCUUGGCACUGACUCAUGGAGAGGCAGACGUUGGUAAUGUCAGUUUCCAGAUUUCCUCCUUCCAUGCCAGAACUGGAAAGUUCAAGAUGGGUGUUGAGAUUAAAAACGUACGAGAAGAGAGUGUUCAACAAGGAAUCACUAGCCCAUUUCUUGUGAGAGUUCGCCAAGGAGAAGAAUCAAGUCACCAUCGGAUCACAUCUCCCGAAGCGUUGCUCAGAGUAAGAAUGGAAUUGCCCAAACAAGUCUGCGGGGCGCUGCAGUGCGAUGCCACGGAAAACGUCUGCGAGUCAUCGGAUCAGUCGUCGCCGGAGAGAAAUGUCUUGGUGGCGUCGAAGGUGGACGACCAUGACAGCAUAGUACAGAGCGGGAGCGGCGUGUUAUUAUUCCCAGCCCCGCCGCCGUCGCCGGAGCAGGCGCGGGUGCCGCAGCCGGAGCCGGGGCUCAACUGCCCGCGCUGCGACUCCACCAACACAGAGUUCUUCUUCUUCAACAACCACUCCGUCACACAGCCCCGCAACUUCUGCGGCGAAUGCCGCCUUGGGCUGGGCGCCGCGCUUGACAUCGCGGAUCGCGCCGCCGGGGCUCCAGCAGCGGCCGCCUACGUAGCUGCCGCGUCAGGGACGUCAACGUCGACGAAGCCCAGCACCACUGCCACCGCUUGCGCCACCUCUGCGCCAAUGUCGAUGGUGGAGCGGGCGCGGUUGGCCAAGGUGCCGCAGCCGGAGCCGGGGCUCAAGUGCCCGCGCUGCGACUCCACCAACACCAAGUUCUGCUACUUCAACAACUACUCUCUCACCCAGCCCCGUCACUUCUGCCGCGCAUGCCGCCGCUAUUGGACCCGUGGCGGCGCGGUCCGUAACGUCCCCGUGGGCGGCGGGUACAGGCGCAGCGCCAAGUCCAAGGCCUCCCGCAAUGUCCCCGUGGGCGGCGGGUACAGCUGCCACGCCAAGCGCAGCGCAAAGUCCAAAGCCUCCGACGGAGAACCUGCGGCGGCAACAGGGGCAGCAUCGUCUGCAUUGACGGCACCGAAGCCCGACACUCCUUCUUGCACCGGCACCGCACCGCCGGGUCUCCACCACUACUCCAUGUUCUGCACCAAGAGCGAGUCGCCGCACAGCAAUCGGUUUGCCGACAACUUCGACCUGGCGAGCUUCCGCCUUGGCUCCCUCUUUGCUGACGGAGGCGUGCACCACCAGCCGGUGUUGCAGGGGAUGUUCGACUUAGGGCUUCAGAGAGGCGGCGGCAAUUGCAAGGACGGAGCCAGUUCCACCACCACGUGACAACGUCGGCCAAGAGAGAUCCACAACUGGAUUACCCAAGCGACAGGGGCAUGUACACAGACGUCGUCAUCAACGACGUCAACAGUGACGACUAGAAUUUCUAUUCCAGCACUAAGUAAUGCAGCUACUAAGGUCUAGAUGAAUCCCCAAAAUUCACGCCCUCCUUAGAGCAUCUCCAACAGCCGUGCUAAGCGCCGCGCGCAAAAAACCUGUUUGCCGCGCGCGCUUCGGCUAAUUUAGCGCUGCCGCCAGCGCUGGCUCCAGCAGCCGCGCUAUAACGCAGCGCGCGCGCGCGCCGCUCCAGCAGCGCACAAAAAUACAGCGCGCGCGCCGCACAAACCA